CUAACAUAAGGGAAUGCAGACAUCUUCAAGAGCUGAGAUUAUCUAUCAAUCAUUUCAAUGGAAAAAUCCCAAGUGAAAUUGGAAGUUUGAGUAGGCUUAAAGAGCUGUACUUGGGCUUUAACGAUUUCAGAGGAAUGAUCCCUAAAGAAAUAGGGAAUCUUUCACAGUAAGAAAUGUUAAAUAUCCGAGCCUCCUCUCUGUUAGGAUAUAUUCCAUCUUCGGUGUUCAACAUAUCUUCAUUGAAAUACAUGUACCUCUCUAACAACAGUUUGUCAGCAAAUAUCCCAAGUGAUAUGUGCGACGGUUUUUCAAAUAUUGAAGUACUUCAUAUUUGGUCCAACCAACUUUCUGGACAAGUUCCACCAAACAUAUGGAAAAAUAAUGCAACUCUUUCUACUCUGUAACCACGUAGAGACACUUGGAUAAAUGAGAGAGAAAAAUAAUGGAGGAAUGGGCAAAAAAUAUAAACUCUUUCCGUCCCACAUUAAGAGUCUAUUUUAGCCAUUUUGGUCUGUCUCAUAAUAAGUGUCUAAUUUCACUCUAACUAUAAAUGGAAGUAGGUCUCACAUUUUACUAACUUAUUACAAUCACAUUUUGUGCUAAAACUGAUAUAUAUACUAGUGAGGCUCAUAUUCCAUUAACGAUUUCCAUUCUUUACUUUUAUAUUUCUUAAAACAUGUGUGAAGUCAACUAUGGACUCCUUUUCCGGGAUGAACAGAGUAGUUUUUUUCGACAAAUGUGUUGAGAAAGUCAUUUUGUAACCAGCUAGUAUGAUUUACAAGAUGGUUGCUGUAUCAAACACAUGCUUAUAUCCAAAUUGUUGUGUUAAAAGGCAUCCACCCAUGAUAUCUUUCUACUUCCAAAAAUGUAGGAAUGAUCCCUGACGAAAUAGGGAAUCUUUCACAGCUAGAGAAGUUAAGUAUACCAGGCUCCUCUCUGACAGGAAAUAUUCCAUCUUCAAUGUUGAACAUAUCUUCAUUGAAAUUCAUGGACCUCUCUAACAACACUUUGUCUGGAAAUAUCCCUACUUUUCACCAUCUUCCAAAGUUAGAGGAAUUAUAUUUGUCUCAUAACAACUUCGAAGGUUGGCUGCCAAGUGAUGUGUGCAGCAGCAAUAUGUCAAACAUCAAAACACUUGAACUCUAUGGGAAUCAACUUCAAGGGCCAAUUCCACCAAAUAUAUGGAAAUGCACACAUCUUGAGAUCUUGGCAUUAUCCUACAACAAUCUCAGUGGUAACAUCCCGUUCGAAAUUGGGAACAUGAGCACGCUUCGGGAGUUGUAUUUGGGUUGGAACGACUUUCAAGGAGGAAUUCCAGCCGAAAUAGGGAAACUUACACGACUAGAGGUAUUAAACAUUGCAAACGCCUCUUUAACUGGAAAUAUCCCAACCUCCAUAUUCAACAUAUCUACUCUGACAACACUGAGCUUGAGCUACAACAGCUUAUCUGGUACACUUCCUUCAAAUAUGGGGAUUUCACUUCUCAAUCUUGAAUUACUUUAUUUGUAUUUUAACAGACUCAUUGGUCCAAUUCCAAGCACCAUCAACAAUGCUUCCAAACUUAUGCAGUUGGGCUUGAGCAGUAACUCCUUCAUUGGCUCCAUACCAGACCUUGGUAAUUUGAAACACCUUCAGAUGCUAAUGCUCGUGGGAGAGUUGAUCCUUGAGAGAAACAUGCUUGUGGGUCCAAUACCUGAAUGUUUGGGUGAAGUUAAAUCCUUGAGAGAGAUCUACUUAGGCCACAACCAGUUGAAUUCCACCAUCCCUCCCAACUUCUGGAAUCUUACCGACCUCGUGGAAUUGAGCUUGCCCUCAAAUCAUUUGAUUGGUCAAUUGUCAUCUCAACUUGGAAAUUUGAAGUCAAUCUCCUAUCUAGACUUAUCCUUUAAUCAAUUUUCAGGUAAUAUCCCCAGCUCAAUCGGUGGUUGCCAGUUAUUAGAAUCUCUCUACUUAUCGAAUAAUUUGUUGGACGGAUCUAUUCCCCAAUCCUUAGCAAAUGUUAGAAAUUUGAAAGCAUUGGAUUUAUCUUACAAUAACCUUUCUGGAUCUAUCCCCAAGUCAUUAGAAGACCUUCGUUUUCUUGAGCAUUUCAAUGUUUCCAACAACAAAUUGGUUGGGGAAAUUCCAGAUAGGGGUUGUUUUGGUAACUUGAGUGAUCAAUCUUUUUCCAACAACCUUGCCCUUUGCGGUCCAAUAAGAUUUAAAGUUCCACCAUGCACAAAAAAACAUCAUAGAUCAAAAAGCUUGAUGAAAAUUAUAGUGCCUUCUGUGAUUUUAGUUGUGACUAUGGUGAUUGUCAUCCUUGUGUUUAUAAAUAAAUUUAAAUCAAGGAAAUCAACACUACUUCCCACUGCUGUUUUACCGGUGACGGAAUAUAGAAGUGUUUCUUACAUAGAACUAGAGCGAGGAACCAGUGGUUUUAGUGAGAGAAACCUUAUUGGAAAAGGAAGUUUUGGUUCGGUAUUUGAAGCAACACUUUCUAAUGGGUUGAAAGUUGCAGUAAAAGUUUUUAACUUGCAACUACAAGGAGCAGAAAGGAGCUUUGAUAUUGAAACUGAGAUACUUGGGAGCAUUCGACAUAGAAACAUAGUUCGAGUGAUUGGAUGUUGUAGUAGCCCAGAGUUUAAAGCUCUAAUUCUCACAUAUAUGCCGAAUGGGAGUUUGGAUAAAUGGUUAUAUUCCAACAUGCAUAGUCUAGAUCUUAUACAAAGACUAAAGAUAGCAAUAGAUGUUGCGUCCGCCUUGGAAUAUCUUCACCAUGGCCAUACAUUCCCAGUUGUCCAUCGUGAUGUAAAGCCAAGCAAUGUUUUGCUCGAUCAAGACAUGGUGGCUCAUCUUGGUGAUUUUGGCAUUGGGAAGCUUUUUGAAAACGGAGAAGUUGUCGUCCAAACACAAACAUUGGCGACUAUCGGCUAUGCAGCACCAGAGUUGGGAAUGGAAGGGAAAGUGUCCACACAUGGAGAUGUGUACAGUUUCGGGAUAAUGUUGCUUGAGAUGUUUACAGGGAAGAAGCCAACAGAUGAUAUGUUUGAUGGGGAAAUGAGGUUGAAAGAGUGGGAAAGUGAAUCAUUACAAGAAAAAUCAGUUCCUAUUUCACCCACUUUGCUAUCUAGCGAAGAUCGGGAUUUCUGUGCAAAGGAGCAAUGCGUGUUGUCAAUUUAUGAGUUGGCAAUGAAAUGUUUAGCCACUACACCUCAUGAGAGAAUCAACAUGAUUGAAGCAGCGAACACUCUCCACAUGAUCAAUGCAACAAUGGUAACAGAAAGACGUCGUCCACGAUAUGCAUUUUCUGUUGGUAUUCCCAAUAAUGGGUUAUAAUGCUUGUGGCAUUGCUAUUGUGUAAAAUACUCCUAUGUAAACAGUUUAUGUGUUGAAGUUGGAAUUUGUUAUCAUGUUA